CAAGCAGGCCUUGCAUCUUCCUUUUACCCGUCCGGUUGCAAGGAGGCUGGUGCUGCCCGGGAGAGAGGGUGGCGCUUGGCCACACUGGACUUCGUGCUGCAACAUCUUCGGGAGGUUGUGGCCCAUCAGACCAGUAACCGAAUGUCUCCGCGCUCACUGGCCUUGUGCCUCACACCCUCUCUCUUUGGGACCACAGAAAACGCCGAGACCAACAGCCGAGUGCUGGAACUCCUGAUUGAGCACUGGCCCUGGCUGUCAAGUGGUCUGCACCGGGCUGACAGCCAACUGGUGUCCGCAGAGGGCCUUGGACACACCUUCUCUGAGGCCUGUCGAUACGCUUACCAAUAUCUGCGGCAGGACUUUGUGCGAUCGCUCUACCGCCCCCUGUGCCCUGAACGCCUCGCCACCUGCAAGAUGUGA